AUGGGAAACAAGGAAUUGAAGGUGCUCAAUUAUAAUCCCCAAGAUCCAGACUUAAUUUAAUUCAGACAAUUGUACAUGCGUUAUCCGAAGUAAAGCAGUGUCAAGAAGUCAUAACUCAUUUAAAAUACUUAAGAGCUUCUAGAAUAUGAGAUCGUGAUUCACAAUGAGGCAUUUUCUGAAGUGUUUGAGCGUAAUCAUUACAUCAAUCUCAAAAAGACUUAGAUGAGAGUGGACAUUGAUUUAACUAGAUUCUGCAGUGGUUAUCACGGUCAACAGAUGAGAUUGCUUGGUUACAAUACCAUAUUAAACGAAAAGAAAUCCGUAGGCAAAUUCAUGCGUCUCAAAGACUUCGUUGAAUUAGUAACAGAGAAUUAAAAGAUUCGAAUUUUAGAUCUAAGUGAUCAUUCCUUUUAAUUUACUCGCAAACUCAAUCCAGAAGACAAAUUGCAAAUAGAAUACAGAUAUAUACUUAAACAUGAAAUACUCUAAAAUAAUGUCCGAAUAUUAUGCUUAUAACUUAAUCCAGAAUGUCCCUAUAAAAUAUCAAUCACUACACCAGAACUUUCAUCAGUGUUAUCGCCCACUCAUAAAUUACAAAUUAACAACAAUCAUAUCCAAUGCAAUUUUUAUAAGGGAACAGACUCUUCCCUGUUUAUUUUACUAUUUACAAUAAAGCCAGAGUUGAUAUGCACCAAGAUACAAUUCGGAGCCCCUGGGUAUUCGAUCAAUUAAAAAUAUUGCAUGUACUUGAAUCUUCCAUUGCCUACCACAUUGUAUGAUGAAAUGAUUUAUUUUAAUUGUGAGGAUCCACUGAAAAAUUAAGAAUAAGAAACCAUGGAAUCUAUGCCAUCUUAUUCAAGCAUCACUCCAGAAUCUAUAAAUUAACAUUAUUGGCCUUACUUUUUCAACAUCACUCCAAUUACUCAUUAAAGAAACAUAACAUUCUUCUUGGAUCAAAGCAACUCUAUGGAGGGAACCAAAAUCAUGCUGGCUAAAUAGGGAUUGCAAUUGUUCAUUCGAUCUUUGCCAUCAGAAUGUUAUUUCAAUAUUUACAGUUUUGGAAGCAAGUGGAGAAAGAUAUUCUAAACUUAUUAAAAGAUCUGCGAACCUGUUUUAAAGUAAUGCGAAAAAGAAAUUAAAAUGAUGGAAGGCAAUAUGGGAAGUACAUUCUUAUUGGGUGCUAUGAAUGAUGCAUUGCUCAAUUCUGUAAAGUCAUCGGAUGCUACAUGGUUUAUAUUGACAGAUGGCCGAAUAGCUGAAAUUGAAGAAAUAUUCGCCUUAUUGAAAUCUAAUCCUCAUAUUCGAGUGUUCUCCUUGGGAUUUGGAUUAGAAUUCGAUUAGGAAAUAGUGGAAUAAUUAGCUAAUCAAACCAAUGGGAGUUGCAUCUUCUGUCAAAAUGUACAGUCCUUAAACUCUUAAAUGAUCUAAUUAUUGCAAUUGGCCCUAUUGCCAAAGUUUAAAAUGAAUGUGAAAUUUGACAGUCAUUUACACAUCACUACUAUGUAUCCAAGUCCAAACAGACCUUAAAGAGAAUUACUAUGCUACCUGGAUAAUCAGCAGUUGCAAGACUAAUCAGAAAUAGAAUUAGAAAUCAAUUUCGGAAAUGAGAAUGAACCUCAGAUUAUCUAGCAAUACAAAUGCAAUUUAAGAGAUAUUCAAACCAAUUACUUGUUACAUCUCUAUGGAUACAUCUAAAUCUUGGAGAAGAUCUUGGAUGAAAUUUGGUAUUCAGAUAGUAUAUCCACCAUUUUAUGCAACCAACUUAAGAAUUCAUUCGAUAUUAACAACCCAUUACUGUUGCUAUUCUUUAAUCCACUUAACAUCCUUAUGAUUGACAACUGCGCUGUGAUCUGCAACAUCAAUAUAGAGAAUCUCUAGAAAUUGAUUAAUGAAUAAAAGAAAUCUCGGGAUUACUUGGGUCUAUUGUUGUAAUACAUAAGUGAUCAAACCUAUGAGUAAGCAAUCAAAUGUAUUAAUGCGAAUGAAAAGAUCUCCGAGGAAUCAGUUUCCAUCGAGAUGGGCUCCAGUUACACCUAGGCCAAUUAAGAUUAUUUGAUUAAGGUCAUCCAAACACAAUAAAUUGAUGGAUCUUUCAUGGAUCAGUAGGCUCUUGCUCUAGUUUGUCCCAGCUAAUCUAUGAAUGCUAUACUAGCUAAAAUGCCAGAAUCUAAUCAAAGCCAAUCUCUUGUUAAUGGGAGAUAAACCUAAUAACUACCUGAUUUCAUAUUAACACAGAUCUGGGUGACUGCCCUAGUGAUUGCAUAUUUGAAGAAAUACUAAAGACAACAAAGGGGCUAAUGGAUCAUCAUCUAUAUAAAAGCUAUUAAUUUUAUCAAAUAAUAUUUAAAGAAUUGGCAAUCCCUCUUAUACAAGGCCAGAAUUGAAUUAAUAAAUGCAGGUCUUAAAUGA